AAACAUUUGUUCGAGGAGACCUUGGGUUGGUUUUUAGUUUGAUAAGCAUUCUUACUGAUGUAUUUAUGAUCUAUAACAAUAGUUAAAAGAUACAGAAAAGGCUGAAGAAAUGAAGGUAUGAUUUGUAGGUGCUGACACUUUCAGGUAUUUGACAGAUGCAGAUAAAACUGAGUCAGGACUCAUGACCUGGUCACAAGUCCAUCUGUGCCCAUCAGUGAUGUCUGUGAGCGCCCUGCUGCGAUGCACCUCUAGGUCACAGAGGCAGCAGGCGAUGGCUUUUCUAGUCCAGCAGAGAGCUCUGUCAGCUGCAGAGGCUGUCAACGCUCUCAGACCAUUUUAUUUUGCUGUUCAUCCAGACUUCUUUGGUCAAUUCCCCAGAGAACGGGAAGUGAAUGAAAAUUCUUUGAAGCAAUUAAAUGGCUACAUGGAAAAUUUACAGAAGCCUGACUUAAAGUUAGUUCGGCCAAUAAAGCUCACCUUUUAUAUCAGGGACACUAAGGAGAGCAGUGAGAAGCAGCACGGCUUUGUCUCUUCAGGUUUCCGGUCUGUGAGUUUCAUUCUACACACAAAUGAUAUUUUGAGUACCGUGAUGAACGUGCUGACAUCCUGCAGCUUGCCUGUGGAGCACAUAGAGAGACAUGAAAAAAGCUUUGGGACAUGGAAAACUGGGCCUGACGGAGGAGAAUCUUUUCAUAGACCCAUAAAAUGGGAUAAAAGCUACUAUACCUUCACUGGGUUCAGAGAUCCUGAGCAGGAGCUGCAGCAGACCAAGAGAAUGGAACCUACACUCCAUGGUUGGCUGAGAAACAGCGAACCUGAGGCAACAAAGAAACACAAUGCUAGUCUUCCACGGAGAGAAGAGCUGAGCAGACUGAAGAAGGAACUGUGUGAAAAGUUUCUUUUGGCAGAUAUCAGGUGGCAGCGCAGCUGGGGAGUGGCUCAUAAGUGCUCUCAGCUUCAGAGUCUGACCCGACUGUCUCACCAGAACCCAGAGGACCUGAUCAAUCUACAAGGCCAUACUGUUGUGUUCGCUGACCAGUCGGACAUGAAUGCUUCUGGAGACGUCAUGCUGGGAACCAUGGAUGUUCACCAUCAGUGGACCAAAUUAUUCCAGCAGCUGCCCAGCUAUCGGAGUCUCCAACAGCAAACAGACUGGUUGAAGGAAAGAAUCAGUUGCCUUCUGGGUGGAUCCCAAGUAAUCCACCUGGGACCAGUCCAGCCUAUCGCUGAGCACUACAGCACGCUAAAUGCUUUUCACAAGAGCCUGAUGUCCCGACGCCUGCACCUUCAUCCCAGGAGCCUGCAUGGCCUUACCAUGGUGCUGGACAAUGAUCGCUCUACACCUAGUCUCCAUGAGAUGGGGCACUUCAUUAUCCCCAUCAACUGUGACCCUCUCAAGCUCCAGCUGUUCCUCCAGAGCCAGGCCCCUGAGGCCAGAAGUCGCACCCUGCAAAGACAUCAGUUGCAGGUGGAAGAGGAGGCAGUGGUGCAGCUCUGUGUCCAGAGGCUGUCUCUGAGGGGCCUCUCCAAGGAGCCCAGCUUGAGCUCCAGUCACAUGAUUCUCUGCUGCAGGAGGCUCAUAGAGCAGCACCCCCCACUGCUGCAGGGACUGCAUGUCUGUGUCUCCCACUUUUACUCUGUCAUGCAGGACGGCGACCUAUGUGUCCCCUGGGACUGGAAGAGCUGAGACAAUCCUUCAGAAUUUAUAUAUAUAUAUAUACAGUCGUGUUUUAUGGCUACUGUGGAUUCACCUCCGAGAAAUGUUUUGCAUUCACAAUCUAUAAAUAAGAGAUAAAUGUAAAACUAGAAAACACAGCAAACCACAGAAACUGUAUGUUUAAGUUAAGAAUGUGGAAAACAACAAUAAAACACGGUUGUUCUAUCGCAUGAACAAACCCUG